GGACCAUAAUUAAUAGAGGCUUGUUGGAAAAUGCCAGAAAACACAAAAGUUGGGUCAAAAUUGAAACACCUUCAUCGAUCUAUUGGCUUUCGAUCUUUAAUUUCCAGGUUUGAUCCAAUAUUCCAACGACGCGGUUCCUGAAAAUUGAGAAGAAUCAGGAGCCCAUAUAUAUUACGCAUGCUUAUAUAUAUAUAUACUUUUCUCAACGGGAGUAUCAAGAUCACAACUAAUUCAUUUUUAAGGCUCUUAAAAAGUUUCUCUCUAGCUAAGGCACCUGAAACCUCUCCCCUCCCACUCACUCAUCUGCAUCCCAUUCCCUAAUGGAAGCAACAAUCGUCCCCCUCCAGCCUCCAACUUAUGGAAACUUCAUCACCGUUCUCAGCAUUGACGGCGGUGGAAUAAGAGGGCUUAUCCCAGGAACUAUCCUAAGCUUCUUAGAAUCUGAGCUUCAGAAGCUGGAUGGUGAAGAUGCAAGAAUCGCAGAUUAUUUUGAUGUUAUUGCAGGAACAAGCACAGGAGGUCUUGUAACUGCUAUGCUAACUGCCCCAAAUGAGAAGAACCGACCCCUUUUUGCUGCUAAGGAUAUCAAAGACUUCUACCUAAACCACUGCCCUAGAAUCUUCCCGCAAAACAGUUGUCCAUUAUUUCCUUAUGUUACAAAGAUUGUCAAAGCUCUUUCCGGACCAAAGUAUGAUGGAAAGUAUCUACAUAACAUUAUUAGGGAAAAACUAGGAAGUUUAAGAUUGCACCAGGCGUUGACUAAUGUUGUCAUCCCAACAUUUGACAUCAAGCGACUCCAGCCAACCAUCUUUUCUAGCUAUGAGGUAAAGAAAAACCCGAGCAUAGAUGCCUUACUCUCAGAUGUAUGCAUCGCAACCUCAGCUGCUCCAACUUAUCUUCCAACUUAUUACUUCGAAACUAAAGACGCAGAAGGAAAAGUACUUCGAGAAUUUAACCUUACAGAUGGUGGGGUUGCUGCUAAUAAUCCGGCCUUAGUUGCGAUGGGUGAAGUGUCGAAGGAGAUCAUUAGAGGAAGUCCUGACUUCUUUCCUAUAAAGCCAAUGGACUAUGGACGGUUUCUAGUAAUAUCACUAGGAACUGGGUCACCCAAACCUGAAGAAAAAUACAAGGCAGCAGAUGCAGCUAAGUGGGGCAUCUUGGGGUGGUUAACUAAGGGUGGUUCCACCCCAAUAAUUGAUGUAUUUUCUCAAGCAAGUGGAGAUAUGGUCGAUGUCCACCUCUCCGUUGUUUUUCAAGCACUUCAUAGUGAGAAAAGCUAUCUGCGAAUUCAGGACGAUACAUUAAGCGGGAUAGUAUCCUCUGUGGACAUAGCCACAACAAAAAAUUUGGAUGAUCUUGUAAAAGCUGGCGAAACACUUCUAAAGAAACUAGUCUCCAGAAUAAAUUUGGAGACAGGUAUAUGUGAGUUUGCUGACAAUGAAACUAAUGAAGAGGCUCUAAAAAGGUUUGCAAAACUACUUUCUCAAGAGAGGCAUCUUCGGCAUGCUAAGUCUCCCGUCGGACAUGCUGCCCAUCACAAACACAAAGACCUUGUUUGGUAACCUCUUCCAUUCAAGUAUGAGGAGAAUUUUUGAGUGGUUGUAAAAAGUGAUUGAUGUAAUAUUAAGUAGAAAGAAUUUAUAUGAAA